GGGGGGGAGAGAGAGCUUAGAACUAUAAUUAACAACUUGUAAAAGUAGCAUUCUGAUCUGUAAUAUGAACAUUUACGGUUUAUCAGGAAACCAGAGCCUGAAGAGAUUUCUGAAAUGCCAAGAAGUACUUGGAAAACAUUUUCCUUUAGACUAAGACCCUAGUGAUUUAUUUAUUUGGAUCAGACAUUAAAGGGUCUGAGAGAAGUAACAGUGAGAUGAACCAUCUGUACACAUGCCUCCUGAUGUAGUCUCAGACCUAGAAAUUAUUUACAGGAAAAUAGCUAACUUUUUUAGUAGCGGGGAUGUGUGUGUGUGUGUGUGUGUUCUGAAGGACCAGGGAGCUACUAUCUAGUUCUACUGGAAUGUUAUUUAUUGAGUAAAUAGAUAAGUUUUUUAAAGGCCCACGUCCAUUCGAUCUGUUUAGGAGAUACUGAUUCCUAUUCCUCCCACAGCAACUAAUCCUGCCAACUAAAUAUGACAUGACGACACAUCAAAGGAAGCAUGAAGAACAUGAACUGUGAUUGAUUGUAGCAAUUUGUGGAUGUUUUCAAACACACCUUCUGCUGUCAAAUGCUUGUCAGUCACUACAGUGAUACUAUUUCCACAAAUGCCAAAUGAUGCAAGCACUGAAGUAAUUUGAGUAGGAGUCUUGUAACCACCAAAGCACAUGAAUAUACACAUGAACAAUCUAUGCAGGUAACCAGUGGAUCAAGCGGCAGUGCACUGAAGAGUCUAGAGAAAAGAAGUUGCAGAAGAGUGUGUAGCUCAGAAUAGGCGUUUCAUGGUGCGAUGCUUGCUGAGACCCAAAGAUACUUUUUACCCAGGACCCACCAAUACUAAGUUCAUGUUGUAGACAAUUGGAAGGCUCAAACAAGCAUUUCCAAAGGACUAUCCUCACACAGAAUGGCUUUCACUCAGCUCAACUACUGUGACUACAAUCAAAGUUUGAGGUCCCUUGAAGUGCUUACAUGAUGUCAGGAUGCUUAAUCGCAGCUAUUCCAGGAAGAAGGAGUACCUACACAGAAGUUUCAUUAGGAAAACAACAGAUAAACUCUAUUCUGUACUUUGUGGCAAUUAAAAAAUGAUUCCAGACAUAUAUUUUAUUUGGAUAUUAUAUUAAAGACUGAAAAACUAUUUAGACCGAGACCGAUGAAGAAAGAAGAGAAGUUCAUCAUCAAAGAGUGCUUAUUACUUGGCAUACUUUCCAUGUGCAGCAUCCUUCAUCUCAUCUGCUCUUGUCAUGACCCUGGGAACUAGACUGCUAUUCCUCCCAAAGGAAGUCCCUCCUGUACCACAAGAAUGAACGCAGGAUUAUUUACUGCCCCAACCCUAUUGGUCUUGACUACUGCAAAUGGAAAUCAACUAUAAACAGACAAGAUAUAACAUUGUUGGAGAAAAAUGCAUUUGAAUCCUAUGUGCACUUUAUGUUAAUAAUGCCACAUCUACUCUCAGAAGCUGGCAGUUUUCAUAAGAUCCAUUGAUUUAAAGAAAUGAGGUUGCCUGUCCUAUGAACACUGCAAUAAUGAUGGUAGUAUUUGCCUACAGGCACUAUUUAUUUCUGGUUGGCUUGUUAAACUUCUGUGGGGACAGCUUUGCACAGGGUCAAAUGAACAACACACUGAUUUUCAUUAAGGAGAACUCAAUUCGCAAUUGCAUAUGUCCUGAUGAUAUGAGUGACAAUGAUUGUGAUUACAGUCUAGCAAAUCUGAUCUGCAAUUGUAAGACUGUUUUGCCUUCCAUGAUUGACAAAACUCACUACAGUAAUCUGACCAUUUGGUUUACAGAGCCAUCUAUACUGGGAAUGCUGUUAAACGUUACAGCCAUCUAUGACCUGAAGCUCUCAUUCUGCGGCUCUAUUCCUGUAUCAUCAAAAUAUCUGGUUAUUUGGGAACUACGGAGACUACAAAUAAGAAGUGAGAUCAAUGGCCAGUUACAAGAGCAAAUCUUAACAAUCUGCAGUAGCUCUGAUUAUGAGCCACAUGCGAAGUUCAAGAUGUCAUGCAGCGACAGGAACAUGAACAAUCAUAUUGCCAUUUUGGACAUAUCUCUUUUCAAUGGUUAUGCCCCACUGAAAUCAUACAGUGUGGAAAACAUUUCAAACAUCACUGAACGCUUUCCAAAACUGCCACAUUUGGAUACAUACUUCACUAGAAAUAACAGCUUUAUUGUAACAUUUAUUUACUGAAACAAUAUCCUUGGCCAUUUCUGCAGUGCAGUAUUUUUCCACACUGGAGGUACAUGUAAUCUAUCGAUUACAGAAAUGUCUACCUGUCAGACCACUAUAUUCAGUUUAGCAGAUAACUUAAUACCUCCCUCAGUGCAAGCUCAGAAUAUGAGGAUGGUGAUGGACACUUACUGUAUAGUACCUUUUUUAAGGAGCAAGAUUUUAAACACUGUGUUACAAACUAGGUUUAAUGUGCACUCAAACUAAUGUAUUUCUUUGGCUUAUGGACAAAAUAUUUGUACUGGCCAUUAAUGUCAAAUAAAUUUUAUAGAAUUGCUCCAAGACAUAGAACUUUGAACUACAAAACACACACACAUAUAAAUAAUAAGAUAUUAUACAUGAAAUAAAAAAUAGUUCUGAGCAAAUUCUAAUGUUGCAUUAAGAUACUUUUCAGACAAAAUAUUUUCAGACAAGAUUCGACAUACGGUUUUAGAAAUGACUUUCAUGCAUAGUCAUCAUACACAUAUCUCUUCUUUUAAGACUAUGACUCUUGAUAGUGACUACUUAAUAAUACUCCUUGGAUACUGCUCUUUGAAAUAUGAUUUGGAUGUGUGAUAUGAAGCCCAGUAUGAAGCUGAACAAGACUAUCUUUAUGUCUAUAUAUAGGCUCAUGGCCAAAUAUGAUUGUGUAUCUUUAUGAUUUUACAAUGUGUAUAUUCACUCAACAAAGCUAAUUUCAUUAUUUCCUUGAUUUUUGUGGUUAAUAUAUAAUGAGUGAAAUACAGUUGUGAAGCAGUUUGUAAUUGUUAAAUUAUUUUUUGCACUGCUACCCUAUUUUAAAAUUUCUAUGUGGCUUGAAAAUAUGUGUGGUGAUAUAUUAAAACAGAUCUUUCACUAAUAUCGUAUAAUGUGAUGUGACCAGUUGAUUUCUUACUCUUACUAAACUGGUUUGUUUAUCCUAAUCAUCCUCUUUUCUCUACUCCCCGCCCCCCAUUUUCCAGUUUGCUCAUACUUCAGCAAUAGAGAUGGCUGUCUUGUGCAUAGUUCCGUAAUUGCUCUCUGAUAUUAUGGAUGCCUCCUAUUAGCAGGUUUUCACAUCCUCAUAUUUCCAUCAAUAGUACAUUAGAUAGUAAACCAAAUGUGAACUUUCCCAUUAACAGAUGCCAAUGACUCCAACUUUUUCAAUGCAAAGAUAUUGUAUUAACAGUUAAAAAUUUAAUAUACUGAAAACUCACGAUUCUAAAUAUUUUUUCAUUUAUUUUUCCUUCAUAUUUUCUAUUUUAAUUUUUAAUGUCCCUAAAAAUGAUUAACUUCUUGGAAUCCCAUUUAUUUUAAAAUAAUUUAUUUCUAGGCAAUCCAAAAGUUGCCCUGAUCCUGUUAUAUCUAAAGGCAGUGUUCUUCCUUUUAUUAAAGCAAAGGUGGACAUUUUGAUCUUGUACUACAGACAACAAAAACAUGCAAGUGAAGUAAAGUGCUUUGGUUCUGUGUUCCUGGCAUGGCAAGGGGUUGGACUGGAUGGCCUUUGUGAUCUCUUCCAAUGCUAUGUUUCUAUGAAAGUCAAACAAGUAGGGAAAAUGGCAGAACUGGAAAAGUUGCUGGGCUAAGGAAUAUGAAGCUAAUUUAUAACAAAUGCAUAUGAUGUUUUCUCUAUCAUUUAUUUCAGAAGUGUUUGUCAUCAUGGGCAGUGGGUGCCCAAUGAGAUUGAUCAGGCAGAUAAUAUGGCGACUAAUUAUACACCAGAACUAGGGUAAUGAUAGCUUAAGCCAGGGGUCCCCAAACUAAGGCCCGGGGGCCGGAUGCGGCCCUCCAUGGCCAUUUACCUGGCCCCCGCUCUCAGUUUUAGACUUAGGCUCGCCCAAAGUCUGAAAUGACUUGAAGGCAUACAACAACAACAACAACAAUCCUACUUGAUUAUCUCAUUGGCCAGAAGCAGGCCCACACUUCCCACUGAAAUCUUGAUAGGUUUACAGUAUAUUGGUUAAAAUUGUUUUUAUUUUUAAAUAUUGUAUUGUUCUUUCAUUUACCAAUAUUGUAAAUGAAAUAUUGUAAAUGAAUGAUAUGGUAAUAUAAUAUAUAUUAUAUAAUACGAUCCCUGGGGAAGGCAAUGGCAAACCACCCCAGUAUUCUUGCCAUGAAAACUACAUGGAUCAGUACAAUAUAUUGUGUAUACAUAUAAUAUUAAUAAUAUUAUAAUGUAAUAACAAUAUAAUAUUUAUUUAUUUAUUAUUUAUUUAUUUGCAACAUUUAUAUACCGCCCUUCUCACCCCGAAGGGGACUCAGGGCGGUUUACAAGUAUAUAUACAUACAAUAUAUUAUAUUAUACAACUAUAUCGCAAUAUUAUUAGUAAUAUUGCAUGUAAUAUAAAUAUACAAUUAUAAUAGUCAAUUAUAAUAUUACAUUGUAUUACAUCAUAUUAUUAUUAAUAUUACAUGUAUAUACAAUGUAUUAUAAUAUUAGUAUAGUAUAAUAUUAUUAUAUAUCAUUAUAUCAUUAAAUUGAUACAGGAGACAUGGUGGAAAGAUGUCUUCCCGGCCCCGCCUUCUUCAUUCUGCUCCAGAUAUAAAACUAGCAUAGCAUGUUAUUGCGGAUAGGAGCCUCUAGCUAAUGUAAAGAGACAAGAUGGAACUGUCCUCAUGGCUCCCUCUUAGCUCUGGCACCCGAGCGUCAGUUUGAUGACCGUGGCGCCAGCUUUCAAAUUGAUUUGAACCCGCAGCGGAGAGUUCCGCAGAUCCAUCACCAAAGGAACAGAGCGGGACUGCAGCAGACUAUUGUUAAAAGAUCUUUUUUUCUUCACUUUCCCCUUCCCUGAACUAUGUAACAAAUCCCCCCAAUAAAAGUAGCAUUAAUUUUUAACAGUAA